AUGAACAUUGGAUUCCCACCAGCCUCCAAGCCUCAUCACCGCCAAGUAGGCAUCCUCACCCUGAGUCAGGUCGCAUUCAGCAAAUCCGACAUUCGGAAACACGAUACCGAUUCUCAGCCCGCCACAUCCAUCGGCGAAGUGUACAAUUCCCUGCUCCAGGAAAUGACGACCCUGCGCGGACCAGAGAGCGACCUCGACUGGGCCCGGAUUCUGGCGGUGGAUAUGUGGGUUACUAGGUUUCGGCCGGAUGCUAUAAGUCGGGAGGCUGGUUUACGUUACCGAUGGGUUCUGGGGAAUGGUGGCGGUCGGGAUGAAUGGGUUCUUGUUGGGUUUUUGGACGACGCCGACGCCGAGGAUGAAGUUGAGGGGUCUUGGGCUGGACCUGGAUUCGAAUGGAAUGUGAGGUGA